AUAAAUAGGGAUGAAGAAUACAUCAUGGUGAAUAAUCUUUAUGAUGUGGAAACUAAGACACAGCUUCAACUUCUAACACCUUUAGCUAUCAAGUUGAUACAAGGUCCAGUUUUACUGGCUUAUCCAUUCCAUUAUCUGACUGGAUUUUGCUGUUCUUGCUCCAGUUCAAAAGGUAAACACCUACGAGGAAACCAGUCUUGUGAAGAAGAUUUAGAUUUAUACAAUGCAAGUACUCACUGUCUUAAUUUUAGCAAAUACUGGUAUACUGUAAACUCACUUGAACACCCUAUGAUUGAACAUACACUUUUUAUGAACUUCUUCUUUCGGCGGGAAUCACCCAGUAACUACCACUGGUGGGACUUAACUCAUCGACAAGAAUUCACUAUAGGAUCCCACAACUAUCACGAGUUUAAUCCUGAGAAAACGGUAAUUGCAACCUAUGUUGCUGAGAGGCCGAAGGAGGAGAGCAUUAAACUUGACUACAAGAACAAACGUCUCUUAAUUCCUCAGCUUAUGCCUGGCCUAACUUCAAGUGAAUUGCCACCACGAUAUGCUAGAGGAGCAUCUGAUUACAUUAUUUUGUCAAAAGAUUUAAUAGAAGGUGAUGGUGGAGAAUGUGAUAAAGCAGGGGUCAGUUAUAGAGCCUUCUUUUACCAAACCAAUCGUUGUAAAGUGCCUCCUGGGACUUGCUUAAAAAAUCAACCACUUGAUCUCUGGAAUGAAGAUGAUAAGAAACUUAAGGCUGGGAAGAAAGGUUCUUUCUUGCUUCGAUUCUAUGGCAUGCCUCAUAAAGACGCAAUCCUGAUAAACAAGACCACUGGUCAACACUGGCUAGCUCUAGAGUACACUUACCGUCACCUCACUAUUGUUCAUAUUGAAAUUGAUGCGAGGAACAUAACUGUUUUACGAAAAGGUCAUUUUGCACAAUUGAAUGCCAUAGUGACUUCGAGUACAGCUGGUACUAGUCAGAUACAUGUACACGUUCUAAACACUGGCUUGGUCGCAGCUCGAUUCACUGCUAAAGCUGUGAAGUGUAGUGAGGGAGUGUCUGACAGUUCGGAAGAUUCAGUGCUCAUUCCUCCUCAGAGUAAGAAAGUAUUGUUGUUAUUUGUUCAGCUUGGAUCACUGGAUAUUAAUGACGAUAUUCUUUGCACAGUGAAGUUGAGAAGUGAAAAUGUGGAACAAGUGGCUGAGAGACAAGCUGUUGUGAAACCUAAGGGCCGUUGUAUUUGUUACAUGCAUUGCAAGUGUACAUGCAUAAAAGAAAGUUUAUCUUGCAAGCUUGUCACAAUAGAAGAUUACCACAAAGCUGGUUUCCGUGGUUCUUUGCCUGUGCUACAUACAUUGAAAUAUCACCAAAUCUUCACCAUCCUUUUCAUCAUAAUUGUUAUCAAUAUUGUAUUCUUAAUCAUUG